AUGCUCGACCACGCCUCCGUCUCACCCGAUAGCUCGGGUUUCCCCGAUCAUCCCCAUCGUGGCCAGGAGACAAUCUCUUACAUUCUGUCGGGUAAACUGAAACAUGAGGAUUUUGCGGGGAACAGCGGCAUACUUACAGCGGGAAGUUUGCAGUUCAUGACUGCAGGCCGAGGGAUCAUGCAUAGCGAGAUGUCUCUCCCGGCGGAUGACGGAACUGCAAGUGAAGGAUUGCAACUAUGGGUAGAUCUACCCAAAGAGAAGAAGAUGUGUGAGCCGCGUUAUCGAGACUUGACUUCGUCCGAAAUCCAAGAAGUGAGCGCAGAUGCAGGCCGGGUCAAAGUACGAGUUAUCAGUGGCGUGAGUAACGGCGUGCAAAGCCGACAGGACCUUACCUAUACGCCUAUCUGGUAUCUUGACUUUACCGUCAAACCCGGUGGAACCGUCAAACAAUUGCUGCCGCAGGGUUGGAAUGCAUUUGCAUAUGUUAUGGCUGGUGAGGUGCUUAUAUCCGGCUCGCAGCAUGCGGUCAAGCAAUUUGACCUUGUCACGCUAGAGGAGGAUGGUGACGGAUUUGAAGCAAGCGUGCUAGCACACUAUGGUACAGAGGCGCGAUUCAUCCUCGUAGCAGGACAACCGCUCGAUCAGCCGGUGGUACAACAUGGUCCAUUUGUGAUGACAAGUAGGGCUGAAAUAGUGCAAGCAGUGUCGGACUUUCGCAUGAGGGAGAAUGGCUUCGAGCGCGCUGCGACUUGGACAUCGAGAGCUAUGAAGGGGAGAUAG